UUGGAAAUAAUCAUACACACACACAUACAUUCGCAUAUACAGUUCCAGUGUGACCAAGUCAAGCACAGCUUUUUAUUGUUGUCAGUUUGUAAAUAACGGUGACUGUUGUUUGACAAUCUGAGAGAGUGAGAAAGAGGACAAGGGAGAGUGCGUGUUUUGAGUGAGUGUGUGUGUGAGAGAGAAGCAUUUUUGUUUAAGCGCACGGCGACAGAGAAAGAAAUACGAGCACGAGUAAAAAGAAGCGGCAACAUAUGUAAUUCCAAGAGAAAACUUAAUUAUAAUACAUAGAAAUAUAAACUUUAAGCCUAGACUUAGUAUUUAAACUUAAGCUCAGAAAACAGACAAACAAACAAACAAAAAAGCAAACAUGUGGAAUUCCGAACCAACAACAACGGCAACAACAACACAUCGCCAGCAUCAUCAUCAUCAGCAGCAACAAAAUGGCAAUUCUACCUCGUCCGGUGGUCAGCCCGCCGCUAAACAAUUGGGCAUGACCUCGGCCAUAAGUCUAGCCGAACCUCGUCCAGAGGAUCUACAGCGUACGGGUGAGCUACGCGGCUCAUUGGAGCCAUACAAUGUAUUUGAGAGCCAAGACGAACUGAAUCAUCGCAUGGAAAUAUUGGCCAAACUGAAUACCUUGGUCAAGCAAUGGGUUAAAGAGAUAUCCGUUAGCAAGAAUAUGCCAGAAGCGGCGGCCGAGAAACUUGGCGGCAAAAUCUAUACAUUCGGCUCCUAUCGUUUGGGUGUCCAUCACAAGGGCGCAGAUAUUGAUGCCCUGUGUGUGGCACCGCGUAAUAUCGAAAGGACUGAUUAUUUCCAGAGUUUCUUUGAGGUACUCAAGAAACAGCCCGAGGUCACCGAAUGCCGAUCGGUGGAGGAGGCAUUUGUUCCGGUUAUUAAAAUGAAUUUUGAUGGCAUUGAAAUCGAUUUGCUAUUCGCACGACUUUCGCUCAAAGAGAUUCCCGAUGAUUUUGAUUUGCGUGAUGAUAAUUUGUUAAAGAAUCUGGAUCCACGUUCGGUGCGCAGUCUAAACGGUUGCCGUGUCACAGAUGAGAUAUUGGCUUUAGUGCCAAAUAUUGAGAACUUUCGCCUAGCCUUGCGUACCAUCAAAUUGUGGGCCAAGAAGCAUGGCAUAUAUUCAAAUUCGUUGGGUUAUUUUGGUGGCGUCACCUGGGCCAUGUUGGUGGCACGUACUUGCCAAUUGUAUCCAAAUGCAGCAGCUGCCACAUUGGUGCAUAAAUUCUUUUUGGUCUUUUCACGCUGGAAAUGGCCAAAUCCCGUGCUACUGAAGCAUCCAGACAAUGUUAAUCUAAGAUUUCCAGUCUGGGAUCCAAGAGUUAAUGCCUCGGAUCGUUAUCAUCUGAUGCCCAUUAUAACACCCGCAUAUCCACAACAGAAUUCCACAUUUAAUGUGUCCGAGUCGACUAAGAAGGUCAUAUUGACCGAAUUUAAUCGCGGCAUGAAUAUCACUGAUGAAAUCAUGCUCGGCCGUGUACCCUGGGAGCGUCUCUUUGAGGCUCCAAGUUUCUUUUACAGAUAUCGCCAUUUUAUAGUGCUCUUGGUGAAUUCGCAGACCGCUGACGAUCAUCUGGAAUGGUGUGGCUUGGUUGAGUCCAAAGUGCGUCUAUUGAUUGGCAAUCUUGAGCGUAAUGCUCACAUUGCAUUGGCGCAUGUGAAUCCCAAGUGUUUUGAGUUUAAAAAGGGUCAGAGUGCCAAUAGUUCGCAGAACAACAGUGGCAACGAGGAUGAUCCAAAACAAACGCAGCAGCAGCAAACCAAUAAUCAAGCCAACGCUGCUGCCUCCACAGUAACCUCAUCACCCUUCUGUUCCAUGUGGUUCAUUGGUUUAGAAUUUGAGCGUUCCGAUAACCUUAAUAUUGACCUCACCGAGAGCAUACAAAACUUUACCGAGCAUGUCAUUAUGCAUGGGGUCAACAUAAAGAUGCUGAAAGAGGGCAUGACUAUUGAUGCACGUCAUGUGAAGCGUAAGCAGCUUUCCCUCUAUUUAGAUGCUGAUUUUCUUAAGCGUGAACGCAAAUCCAUGGAGAAUCAUAAUAAUUUCAAUAACACACUGCUAGCCAAUCGGAAACGACUCUCCACAGAGUUGUCACAAUCUCAGGAUCCACUGCCAGGACAACAGCAACAACAACAGCAAUCGUCAGCCGGCAGCAAUCGGGGACGAGAGAGUGGAGCCAAGGUUCAUCGUUUGAGUGAAUCGCUAAACGAGGAGACAUCAAACACAUCCAGCGAUUUGGGUGCUGUGUCACCCACAACGCCGACAGCAACACAAAUGCAAGCACCGAAUUUCAAAGCAGUAACAGCAGCAACUGCAGCGGGAGGUGGUGGUAAAAAUGGUGCCGCCGAUGUGGUAAUGGAUGUCAGUCCAGAGCCAGAGCAAAAGUCUCAUAAUAAUGGCAACAGCACCACAACGGAGGUGGCCUGUUCGUGACAACCGCCAACUUUACAGUCUAUACAACAACAGAAUCCACCGCCACCGCCGCAGCCACCACCAGCACCACCAUUACCCACAGCAGCACCACAAAAUCAUCAUCAUCAUAAUCAUAAUCAUCAAAAGUUUAGAAAGAAUAAUAAUGCGGCUGCAGCGGCAGCAUCAAAUAGCAUUUUCAAUCAGCGUUCAAUAUUGCAUGCGACUUCGAGUUUAACGGCUGCUUUAAGCAUAACCGGACACAAGCGCAACAAGCAACAACAAUAUACACCCACAGUGUCGGCAACAACAACAACAAUUAAUACACAGGCAACAACCACAAUUAGUAACAACAAUAACAACAACAAUGACAAUGGUUGUCACAGCAGCGGAGGAGGCGGUAACAAUUUUUGCUAUUACAUUGAUGAUGAUGAUGGUGAUCAACAACAACAACAACAACAAUUGCCAGUAGUAGCUGCAACUGGAACAACAGCCGCAACAGCAGCGGCAACAUCGUCAUCAUCAUCAGCCCCUCCAACAACGGCAACGACAAUUUCUUUGUAAAAAGCUAUAACUUAUACGAAUUAAGGAUUAGUUAUCGUAGUUAUUCUUCUCCCUAUUAAUUUUCUUGGCUUUUAAUGCCUCAAAAACAAGAUGGAAGCCCAAAUAUUUGAUUCAAAGCGGUUUCCAUUAUUAGCCCACAACAUUAUGUUUAACAUUUUUCUUUACAAAAAAACAAAAAACAAAACAAAAAAAACCAUAUAACAUGCAACAUGCAACAAUGAGAACAUGGCAAACUCACAUAUGAAUGAGAUAGCAACAACAACAACAACUUUAACUUGAAUGAAACAAGAUGAAGAUGAAGACUUAAUCAACAAUUUUUGGAGCGCCACAACAAAAAAGCAUUUCGCUUAAAAUAAUGUCUUAAUAAUACUGUUGUAAAUCUUUUUUACUUCCCCACAGCUGGUAUGCGAGGAGUGCAUAGAGAAGAAAGAGUUAUAGAUAUUGAGUGAGUGAAGAAAGAUUGAGUGAGUGAGUGGAGUGAAGGAUUGUGACAGACUUGAAGAGCCACAAUUUGCCUGCCCCCCUUUCUAAUUUCUUUUCUUUGUGUUGCCAUUUGCAACCCUGAAUUGCAGGGGCAACAACAAACAACUUUACUUACCACAGAGAUAAAGAGAGGAAACAACUAUUAUUUUUGAUUUAGAAUUGCUUUAUAAUUUCCAUCUUAAUGUGUGUGUUUUUUUUUUCUAUACACUUAUUUGUUUUCUUCUUCUUCUAGUUAUACAACGCUGAAAAUUUGAAACAAUUAUGUUCGUUUUUCUAAGAAAUGAUAUCUGAAAAAAGGUAAUAACAGCAAACAAACAAAACAAAAAAAAAACCAUUCAAAAAAAAAAGAAUAUACAAUUGAAAUGAAGAUAUUGAUAUAAUUUUACCAAAUAAACAAGAAAAAAU